AUGGAUAAGAAGCUGAAGAAGGCAGCAGAAGAAGGAUCUACUGAAGUUCUACACUUCUUACUCCAACAAGAUCCACAUCUUCUUGAACAUUUAUAUCAGAACCCCAUUAUUGACACUCCUGUUCAUGUAGCUGCACUAAAAGGACACACUCCUUUUGUUUUAGAAAUGGUGAGCUCAAACCCAUCUCUUGCUCGAAGAUUAAAUCAAGAUGGUCUGACUCCAAUGCACUUAGCUAUGCAAGAAGGCCAUAUUCAGACAGUUAUAGGGCUAAUGCGGAUCGACAGCGAGCUCGUUCGCAUCAGAGGCAAGAAAAGAAUAACUCCUUUACAUUUUGCAGCCGAAAAGGGAGAAAUCGAAUUACUGGCUAAGUUCCUACGCUGUUGUCCGUUAUCUAUUGAAGAUUUGACGUUCCAUUGUCAGACUGCAUUGCAUGUUGCAGUUAAACACAAGCAGUUAGAAGCUUUUCAGUUUCUUUUCGGCUGGCUUUAUCGGAGAGAAAAGGAAGAGAUUCUGAACUGGAGAGACACUGAUGGCAACACAGUUCUGCAUAUCGCUGUACUGGUAAAUGAGCCUCAGGUUGUGGAUUUGUUAAUCAACAAUGUUGAUAAAGACAUAAGAAACAUUAACAAUGAGACAGCAGAGGACAUUUUCAGAAAUCAAGGGGAUUCUCAAAAUAGGAAGAUAAAAACAAUCCUGAAAAAUGCUUCUCUAGUCUCAAGAUUAUUCAAUUCUUUAGUCAGAGUAAGAGACAGAUACUUAGGAAUCUUAACUCUAAAUCAAGAAAAUAGUGCCAGCGAUGUCCGCGACAUAGUACUAGUGGUCGCCGUAUUAAUAGCCACCGCAACUUACCAAGCUGUUUUAAGUCCUCCAGGAGGAUUUUGGCAGGACGAUUAUCACCCACAAGGGAACAGCACCACCGGUCAGGAAGGACGGCUAGAGCCGCACCGCGCCGGAACAAUAACGAUGAAUGGCUGGGAGAGUUCUUACUUCGCUCUUCUAAACAGUGCGGCUUUUUGCGCAUCAGUUAGUACAAUUGUGAUACUGAUGAUGGGGCUUCCGUUUGCACUUCUGCUUGUAGGAUCUACGGUUUUUAUUACAUUUUCGUAUUUCUUUUCACUUCAUACAGUAUUCUCGGCGCUGGAUGGUGUGUCAGUGUUUCUCAUUUCAUUACUUGGAGUUAUUUUGUUUGCUGUUCAUGUUCUAGAAUUCGAGGUUCAUCUACGACAGCGAGAGAGACGCAGGGUGGGUCUAAACUAA